AAGCACUUUAAAUGGCAAGUGCCGUCAAUUAGCAAGUUGGCAACACAGUUUGUAAUUACAGAUUCGUGAACGCGUUCUGGAAAGAUUUUUGGCGUUUGCUAGGCUUAUUUUUGUAAUAAAAUACUUUAACAAUUGUUAACUUUAACUUAAAGAAAUGUCUCAUACAAUAUUAUUAGUACAACCGGGUUCUAAGCCUGAAACACGAACCUAUUCAGACUAUGAAAGCGUAAAUGACUGUAUGGAAGGUGUAUGUAAGAUUUACGAAGAACAUUUGAAGCGAAGAAAUCCAAAUACACCUACAAUAACUUACGACAUAUCGCAAUUAUUCGAUUUUAUCGACCAAUUGGCAGACCUCAGUUGCCUUGUUUACCAAAAAUCAACUAAUACCUACGCACCAUACAAUAAAGAUUGGAUCAAAGAAAAAAUAUAUGUUCUAUUACGUCAAGCGGCCGGACAGAGUGUGUAGUUAUAGAUGUAUGUAAGAUAAACAUUGACUUACCUUGUAACAUGUCACACGCUAUUUGUGAGUUGAAUGGAGGUUUGUAAGUGGAUCAAAAUGUUGUUUUAGUGGCAAUGAAAAAAUAUAUUUCAAGCACAUUAUAACAUCUAUAUUUGAUCUCUCUUCUAGUAAUAUUUAAUGGAAAUUUACGAGUGGAAUUAUAAUUAGAUAGCCAGGUAUUGUUUCAAAUAAUUAAUAUAAUGUAGAAAUAAGCCUCGAACCUAUUCAUAUUUUGUAAAGUACUUUACUUGAUAGAACAAGUAUUCACUUAGCACCAAACAGUAUGAUUUGACUGGGUUUUUAUUAGGUUAAAUAAAAAAAAACAAUCUAAGCUUAUUUAAUAGCCCAGAAAAAUCUUAUGAUAGAAUUCCAAUAUUGUGUGAUGUGUUACAUAAAUAACUUUUCUUCUUAUUGUAGUCAAAUUAAGACUAUACAGAGCUUCUUUAUAGAAGUUUUUUUUUUCACCAAUUAUGUAUGAUAGUUGUAUGGUGAUUAAUGAUUUGUUUGUAUCUACAAAAUUUAUUUGAUUUAAAUUACUAAUAAAGAAUGUGACUUAUAAAAAUGCUAUCUUCAAAGCUAAGCCUGAUUUGUUCAAGUUACUCUAAAUAUAAAUUUAAUAUUGGAUAAAAAGUAAAAGCAAUAAUUAUUAGCUACACAUAGCCAUAGGUUAAAUUUUUUGACAUUUGAACAGCUUUAAAGAUAGAAGGUAAAUGAUAAAUUAUAGCACAGAUUAAAAAUUACAAAACAUGUAAUUUGUUCAAAUAUUUAGGUAUAGUCUGUAUUUCAUUUGGUAAAUAAUUCUUUAAAUAUGUACCUAAUGUUAUCAAUAAUGGUUUCACAACCAUCCGACAUUUUGUUUUUUGUACUUUUCUUAUUUACGAGUUACUGUAAAAGCAGUUUUUUUUUGAGGUCUUUUUGCGAAGAUAUACAGGUUAGAUUGUAGUGUGAAAACAGAAUAUCUUUUUUUUUUGUUGACAAGUAUGAAUAUUAAUUUUUGUUAUAGUAACUCUUAAGGUUAAUGUAAGAUUAAAAUAUCAUAAGUA